UCUCAUCUUCCCACCUCUCCCAUCCCGUCUUCAGCAGCUCAGCUGCAAAGAUAUUUCCUUUUUUUUUUUUCUCUCUCCCAACUGCUCCGCACUUUCCUUCUCUCUUUCCUCCUUACGCUUGAGCUUCUCCCCGAUCUGAGCACGCCACCUAAAUCCUUCGCUCGAUUUCUUCCCGUAACCUCGAUCCUUGAGCAGUAGCUAGAUUAGUCGGUGCUCUGCUUCCGCUUCCUGCCCGGUCCAGAUUAGAUUUGCUUGUCCUCUUCUUGCUGUAUCCUGUGCUGGGGUGCUCGCUCCAGCUGGUCAAGAUUUUCUAGUCGCUGGUCUAGCUUGAUUCGCUGCCCUCUCUUGGCGUCUAGUUCAUUCCGUGUGAAGUACCCCGAUUCUUAGCUUAAAAAAAAGUUAUAUCCCCUUUGUUACUGAACUAAGUUGUCUUCAGUUUGCCUUCUUGGAAGCAUAAUUUGUUCUUGUUGAGUUGGAGGAAGAAGGGGAGACAAAAUUUGAGGCUGCCAAUCUUGAAUCCCCAUUUUUCUCAUUCCAAUCAUGAGAUAUUUUUGAACUAUACAUUCCAAUUCGCUGUCGAUGUCUCCUCUGGCUCUUCUCCCUGCUCUGCUCGUCCUCCUCUGUUCGUCCCUGGCUUUGGCUUCCGAGCCCUCCUCCCGUCCGGGGCCAACACUUCCAUGGACCUGUGGAGGUGAUCAUCUUGCCAUCCUGGAGACCGCUGAUGGCCGUCACAACCUGUCCAUCAAUGGGGUUUCAGUGCAGGACCGUGCUGAAGGCUGCGACAGGCUCCGGUCCUACUUUGGGAGCGGUUGCCUCCGUUGUGAUGAGCGUUCCGAGGCGUGGAGGGGUGCGUGGGUGCACUACUGCAGCGAUGGGACUCAGGCGAGCUAUGGUUCAGCUCCAAAUAUGCCAAGGAAGCUUUUGAAGCAGCUGUCAGAGAAUAGUGCAAAUAUUGAAGAUGACCCAUGUGGAAACAUGAGACUGCACGAAAAUAAACAGGACGCCAAUGAUUCUUUGGAAAAAGAGGAUACUCUCUUGGCUGUUCCAGGUGUACUUCUUCUAUGUUGUGGUCUUAUGCUUCCAUGUUUUCAUGCUGAAAGGAAAGAAGGAAGCAGACACAAUACUACAUCAAUACAGCGCAAUGCUGUUGACUCUCUGUCAUCCUUUGAGGUAAGCACAUCAUCUGAGAAGAUCCCACCAACUCCACAUCGAAUACCUCCAAGCCCGUCUAGAUUCGCGCCAUCUCCACAGAUAGCUCGAGCCGGAUCUGUUGACUUAACCGUCCAGCAGAUUCUCAGGGCGACUCAGAAUUUCUCACAUUCGUUUAAGUUGGGUGAAGGAGGAUUUGGGACUGUAUACAGGGCUGUACUGUCAGAUGGAGUGGUUGUUGCAGUCAAGAGAGCCAAAAAGGAUCAAUUUGCAGGUCCUAGAGAUGAGUUCAGCAAUGAAGUAGAAUUACUUGCUAAGAUUGACCACCGAAAUUUGGUGAGAUUAUUGGGUUAUACUGAUAAAGGAAAUGAGCGUAUUAUUAUCACAGAAUAUGUUCCAAAUGGAACGUUGAGAGAACACUUGGACGGCCAACAUGGCAGAACUCUGGACUUUAAUCAGCGCCUAGAAAUUGCGAUUGAUGUUGCUCACGCACUCACUUACCUCCAUCUGUAUGCAGAGAAGACAAUAAUCCAUCGUGAUGUGAAGUCAUCAAACAUACUUCUGACAGACAGCUACCGAGCCAAGGUGUCCGACUUUGGAUUUGCUAGAAGUGGGCCUAAUGAUACAGAGAAGACACACAUCUCUACGAAAGUGAAGGGAACUGCGGGCUACCUGGACCCUGAGUACCUGAGAACAUACCAGCUGACUCCUAAAAGCGAUGUCUUCUCCUUUGGCAUACUUCUUGUAGAAAUUAUUUCUGGUCGUCGGCCUGUAGAGCUGAAGCGGGCAGCUGAAGAGAGGAUCACUAUCAGAUGGACUUUCAAGAAAUUCAACGAAGGCAACAUGAGAGAGAUAUUGGACCCAUUGCUGGAGGAUCGCGUGGACGAGGAGGUGCUGGAGAAGCUUCUCAGUUUGGCAUUCCAGUGUGCCGCUCCCACGCGGGAGGACCGACCCACCAUGAAGGAAGUCGGAGAGCAGCUGUGGGAGAUCAGGAAAGAGUACGGGAAGAGCCUAAGGAGGGUGUGAAACCAUGGCAAACAUGAGCUCUCUUUAACCACGAUAAGAGCAUGCGUAUUCUUUGUAUACGCACUUGAUGAUGGUAAUAUUUUGUGCUCCAAUGUUUCAGACAAACCUGCCAUCUGUUUCUUCCUUCCUUGACCACUUUCUAGUCUAGUACUCCCUGGAGAUACGGUCCAUUUUGCUGGAUGUGCAUUUUGUGUUCAAAAACUUUCGCUGAAUUCAUAUUGAUUUAGAUAAUUGAAAUAAAGGUUGUUUCUGGUCAA